AUGAUCUCCCUAAUCAUCACCCUAGCCCUCUUGAUCCCCUUCAUAACAUGUGGAAUAACGCCUGUUCUAAUAGCGUCGCAUAAAUUAGUGCCUAACCUCAACACCGAAAUCAGUGAUUCAAACAUCAACCCGCACAACACUUCAUCCGUCACCAAUUUACUCAAAAAGCUAGUCACUCAAUGCUCGUCGGAUGCAUAUCUCAUCGUGGAUCAGCCCGGUUUAACGUAUAAGGACCUCACCAAGUCCAAGGGCGAGAAUUGGCCCUAUUUGAGAAACUACUUGUACAUGUCUUCGAGCAUCGUGGGGCUACCCAAGGUGGACACCGGUAUUGACUGGGAUUACAUUGAGAAAUAUAUAAUCAAGACCUGCGAUGCUGAAACCUUGCGGGUCCACCAGGGCGAAGCUGCCGACUAUUACGACAUCCGAACUCGAGUCAUUCGAAUGACUCUAGAUCCACUCCCCGACGUGAAUCGAGAGCAGGCGAUUCGAGAGCACGAUCAAUUGAUUCGGAAAAAUUUGAGAAAGCUACCUUCGCCUCAUUAUACGUUGAUCUUGACGAGUUCCAACCCAGGUAUAGUCCACCCCGUGCCUGAAUUUGUCGCACGACGGAAUCCCGAGAAUUUCGAAAUAUUCAGCGAUAUUGUUCAUGAUGCUCAACACAAUGGCGGCGUUGAGAAAAAUGACCGAUUCCACAAGCCUGAACCCAACUGGAACUCGGUUCGAGACUCCAAUGGCCGGUAUUUUGAAAAUAAAAAGAAGGACGAGCUUCAUUUGUUUGAUCUGGAACUAUGGGCCAAAAAUGAAAAAUUAGUCACCACCGUGCUUGUAAUGGUUCUUAGUCUUUUUAUGAUCAAGACAUUUUCCGUGGUGAAUUCAAUCAAGCGAAAGGUUAUUGAAUGGAGAACACCAUCAAGUGGCGGGUAUAUAGCAAUGGACAAGAAAAGAAAGUAG